CGGCCCGGCGGGCCCCUGCCAGCCUGCCCCACCUCGUCCUGCCGCCUGUUUCCUUUCGGUUUAUUCCGACAUUCCUGGCCGCCCCCAGGUGAAGGCCCCCGGGCGGCGCUGGGCCACGGGACCGGGCGCUCCGCCCUCGGGGUUUCCCCGCCGCGAGGCCGGCGGGCUUGGAGGGACAGAGCGCACGUCCGUUCAGACGGCGGGGCGUCGGGAGCCACUGGCCGCUCCUCAGCCGCGACUCGGCGCCCACGGCCAAGCAGGGGAAGGAAGAGAAAGCCAUUGGGAAACCAGACGGACGCCGCGCGUGGCUGGAGUCCGCCUAGGUGUCAGACGGUGCGCCCCCAAACUUUGGCGCGUGCCGCGAUGUGUCGGGGCCUCGAACUCGAGUUCCGCGUGUUCCUGCUCCUCCUGAUAGCUGGACUGACCUUGCCAGGCGAUGGCAACGAGGGCAGUGUCACUGGAAGUUGUUACUGUGAUCGUUUAAUUUCUACCCCCACAAUGGAACAGAAGGAACAUUUCCGAAAACACCUUAAAGGCUACACAUGCUGUCGGCUCUUUGUCAGGUUCGAGCUCCAUUCCCGGACUGUGUGUGGGGGCAGCACCAAACCCUGGGUUCUUCAUUUGAUGAGUUGCUUUGAUAGUGGAGAAUGUGGACGUCCUCUCUGGGAAAGUCAGGCCCGCCAGAAGCAUUUACCUCCCCUCAGAACUCAGGUUCCUGAGCCCACAGAUGAAGCACCUUCAGACUUAGGCACGCCUGCCCUGACAUACCUGCCAUCCACUCUGCAGUCCACCCAGCAGCCCUCCCUUCCGGACAGAGGUCUCACCUACUCCAGUGAAGCCACCACUCUGGGAGUUGAGGCUGGGGAGAACCAGAAGCAGCUGGAAGACAACGUGGGUCCUCCAGGUGGGAUGUCAGCCAUGGUGCCGGUGCUGUCCCUCCUGGCCGUCACGUUCAUUCUCAUUGCAGUCCUCCUCUAUGUGCUCUGCAAGAGGAGGAGGGAGCAGUCAAGGCUGUACUAUCCAGAUUUGCAGUUCCAUUACAAACCAGUGGCACCAGACUCCAACACCUAAACCCGACUCCUCUGAGAACGGAAGCUCUGUAAUGGCAGACUGUGCUUUUCCUAGUAUAUGUAUAUAGUGCACUCGAACAAUGUGGCACAUAGUAGGCACUCUAUGUAUAUUUGUUAAUGUUUACUGAAACCCUGGUGGUGUAGUAAGUUCUACAGCUGCUAACCAAAGGGUGCUCCUUGGAAACCAUAUGGGACCGUUCUACUCUGUCCUAUAGGGUCGUUAUGAGCUGGAAUCGACUUGACAGCAAUGGGUUGGUUUUUUUUAAUGAGUGGAUAAUCAGCUGCUGCCCCCUCUCAGAACCCCCCCCCAAGUUCUAUAUGUAAAAUUCCCGUUACACUGUAACCAUAUCUUGGACAAAUUCUGUGUGUUAACUACUAAAAAUUAUUUUUGUAAGAAUAAAUUCUUCUUUCUGUAGA